UGUCAUCUGUUAAUUACCAAAACAAGUGCAAGUUCGAUUUUAUUGCAAAACUUAAUUAAUUUAAAAAUUCAAUGGAUGACCAUAUUUGCCAAACAUGUCUAUGCAAAGAUCGGCGGAUAAUCCCAUUGAUGAAUGCUCGUCAUUUAAUCCAGGAAAUGAAUUUAUUUGAUAUAACACAGGUAACAGGUGGGGUCUGUUGGGAGUGCCAUAAAAUUAUGAAAAAAUUUGUCAAUUUCAAAUCGCAAGUAAGAUUAGCUCAAGAAUCAUUGAAAUUGAAGAAGGAACCCAACAAAUGUUUAAGCCAGUUAGGUGUGCAGUCAAAAUCUAUUGACUAUCAUUUCUAUUUUAACUUCGAUCCAUUAACAUCUUUUGAAGAAAAUACUUUAGUAAAUAUAAUUAAAGAAGAGAAUUCAGAUAGCGAAAACAACUUUGAGGAAGAAAAAUCUGGUGGAGAUAUAUUUGAAAAAAAGCCAGACUUUGAUAAUGGUUGUAUAAAUGUAUAUGUUGAUUCAUUUGAAUUCAAACCCAAUGUUAUAAGUAAAUACAGUUCUGAACUUUGCAAAACAAAUGAUGAUGAAACUUCAGACCUGUCAGAUAGAAACAUUGUCCCAAAAAUAGAUAAUUCACCCACCAAAACCGUGGUAAGGAAGAAAGUUAAAAUAAAUUAUAAAGAAAAGAGGAAAAAGAAAUCUGUUAAAACAUAUAAAAUGCAAGGGAAACACAAUCAAAAGGAAAUAAGAAAUAAAUUCACAAAAAUAGUUUUUACUGUAGAAGAAAUGUUAAGGGAUAGAGAAGAAAAAAGAACAAGGCCAAAUUUUAAAAAGAUACCAUUUAAAUGUGAUAGUUGCUUGAUUGGGUUUACAACACUUGAAAAAUUUGAUGAUCAUAUAGAGAAGAAACACAAGGAAAAUAUUGGGUCUCUUAUAUGUGAUGUGUGUAAAGUGAGGUUUCCCCAUAAGAAUAGUUUAGAGAGGCACUGUCAAAAACAUUUCACAUUUUAUAGAUGUAAAUUCUGCAAGUUCAAAAGUGUGGAACUUUGGCAAGCUUACAGCCACUGCAAAAGCAGACACAGUGCUGACGAUCUCAACAAAAUUCAUUGUCAGCAGUGCACUGCAGUUGUUAGGACUCCAGAAGAAUUGGAUGAACAUACGAGAACACAGCAUGUGCUCUAUUGUAAUGAAUGUGGUGAGAAAUUUAAAAAGAAAUCAACUUUGAGGACGCAUAAAAUAAGGAUUCAUGGUGUGAAGAGAGAAUUUGUAUGCGAUAUCUGUAACAAGAGUUUUAUGACGGCUUCCCGUUUGGAGACUCACGCUGCCAAUCACAACGAUACUUUGGCACAGCAAUUGUCUUAUUGCUCUAUAUGCAAAAUUCAAUAUAAGAGUGUACAUGUAUACAGAAGUCAUAUGAGGCAAAGCGCGGCGCAUGCGUCGGAUCAACACUCUUGCCCAGAUUGCAAUAAGAAAUUCUCGUCAAAGGUUUACCUGAAGAAACACUACAACUUCUAUCAUUUAAAGAAAUCACAGUUCAAAUGCGAACUAUGCAAUAAGUUGUUUAUAUCAGAUUGGCGUCUAAAGAAUCACCAGCAGAAACAUCACGGACUCAGUAGGCCAAGAAAUCAUGCUUGCAACAUCUGCGGGAAGAAAUUCUUCACACUCUCCACGCUACGGGGCCAUCAACUAACUCACUCUGAACAGCGCUCAUUCAUGUGUGAAGACUGCGGGUAUACUUUCAAGCAGAGACCAGCUUUAUAUACCCACAUAAAAUUAGUACAUAAAGGCGUAAAGAGAAAAAAGUGAAUAUAAUCUGAAAUAAAGUGAAAAUUAAUACUUGUUUUUUUUUUAUUUUGCUCCGGUGAACUCGGUGAAUGUAGGUUAUACUUUGAUAGUUUAGUA